AUGGAUGAUACGAGUCUUGAGGAUGUUGCACGACAAUUGUCUGAUCUCGAAGUGGCUCUCUUUCUGUGUCUCGCCGCUCAAGAACAUUGCUUGAUUGAGACCACGGGCGACUCCGUUCAUGACCUUGGCAAAGAGUUAGCGCUGAUAUGUUCAAGCACAUUUGAACUCUCAUACUCUAUUCUUGAUUGUGGCUCUGGAACCUCCAUCGAGGAUAUUCAUAAUGAGCUCCUUACUGCAGACGCUCGCAAAUCAUUGGUCCGCCCGUCGUACUCUCGGGCGAGGACCGAGACGUCCAGCAAUCUUUCUUCCUACCUUGGCGGACAUCGGGACCGCAGCAAGUCCCCCAUUCCGAGUAUGGUAGCUAACGAACCAAAUGUGGUCAAUGUUAUCAUUGCCAAGGACUUCAACUUGACUAGCGAGGAUUUUCAAGUUCAAGUGUUGCAGUUAAUGCGGACCCGGCAGCUGGUGACAGAAAUCGGCAUACUCAAUGCGCCUUUGGAUUUCUUGUUUGUGCCACUUGUGGCGCGGGACUCUGCUGAGCUACAUCCCCCACUAAAGGCACAUCUGCGUGACCAGCUAUUCAUCUCGCAUUUCCACGACCCCGACGAUGGGUUUGUAUACCUUGAAGAGAACGACUGGCUUUCCGAUGCUCAGCUUUCUGCGUCGUCCGUAAUCCAUACCCCAAAACCACUACAGAAACCGAACCCCAAAGUCAACCGCAUGGUAAUAGAGAAAUUCCGCGAAGCCAGCAAUUCAGUCACUAUGAGUGCUGAAGUGGUUAGGUAUAUCCAAGAUAUCGUUGUUUUCUUGCGUCUCAGUCGCGCAGUUGCCGGUGGUGUUUCAGCAAGGGCGAACUCUCAAUUUUCCCAGCUUGCCCAAUUCCUGACCCCGCUCCACGGCAUUGAUUACCUCACACCUUCGAUCGUGGCAUUGGCUGCGAGAAAGGUAUUUCGCCAUCGCAUUGUCGUUGCCUCUCCUGGUGAUGAUCGAAGCCUCCAAUAUGGAAGCGACCUCGCCGCCGUUUCCCGCGUAUUAGUUGACGUGACACCGGACUCCAUUUUGGAUGGUGUCCUCGAGCUGGAACCACCACUUUAA